UGAUUUUAUGAGAUCUUCGUAUGUCAUGCUUGUGGGUGGUCGUUAUGAUGAUCAAGUAGUUGGGAAAUAAUUGUAGUACAACAUCUAAGAGUAGAUCUGGUAUAUCUUCAUUGAAUAAGCCAAAUCUGUUCAUUUUUUUUAAUGAAGCAAAUUUUUAUUGCUUAAAUUAUUGCUUUGACCUGAAGAAGUAAGUACCACAUAUUACUGCCAAGAACGAAGAAGAGGAUUAAAAUAAAGAAUUGAAUGAUGUUAUUACUUAACAAACAAAUAGUUUAUACCUCUAGCAUCUAUAUCCCAAGGGCUAAUGACUAAAUCGCAGAGAAAGUAAAAAGAAUUCAUGGACUAGAGCGUACACGGUGUGAGAGCUCAAAAUAUGAAUUUGAUAUGAAUCGCCUCCGUAGAGAAGGAUUUCUAAUCGACCAAAAGAUUAAGCAGUAAUACUCGUUUUACGCAGCUAAAAUGGUAUAUAAAGUAAACUUCUAAGAACAUAAGCAUCAAAAUAAAGAGCAUCUAUUUCUUCCCCUUCUUUUUUUUCUUGGAGCUCUUACUAGGAGCAGCUUGAGGCUCCGGCUUCGGGGCGACAGGCUUACUUGGAACUGCAGGUUCGGGUUCUAUUUAAAAAGAUUAGUUAUGUGAAUUCAGUUUUAUGAGAAUGGCGAUUUGAGCUCGAAGGAUAUCCUAUAAGACACUGUUUAAAUAAACGCUUUAAUAUGAAGUCUGAAAUUCAACGUGCCACUUUUCUUUCUUUCACAUAUACUUAAAAAGUUUACAUACCUGGUUGUUCUGGUGGAAUUUCCAAUCUGUUACAAACAUGUCCAAGUUUGCUUGCAAUAAGCAUCAAUCGACUCAAUUCAGCAGCUUUGUCUGUUCUAAAUUUUAAACAUAUCCCCGAUGUAGUUUCAUAUGCUUUCGCAACUAGGUAACUCUGCUGGUCUUCAUCAAUUCGAUAACGUGUGGUUAUUUUUGUCUGAAUACCUCCGUUAGAAAGUAUAUUUCAAGGUAAUAAUAAAACAGCUCUUACUGUAUCAGGAUACGCUUCUAUUAAAAGCCUAGCUUGUUCAAAAAAAUCAUUAACGUUGGAUAUAUACACCAUCCUUUAUGCUGGCUGUUGGUAAAUUCACCAUUACCAGUAACGAACCUGCGUUUAGUCUGCUUUCUGGCUAACCGAUCGAUGUAAGUUAUGCAAAAUAAAGGAAAAAGAUACUUAAUAGAGUUUUUUUAAAAAUUUAAGCAAGCCAUCAAUUUUAAAGCUUUUCUGUUGUUUCUAUUAGACGCGAACUUAUAUAUAUAUAUAUAUAUAUCAAUUGUCUACCGUAUUUAUGCGGUUUGGAAAAAGAAUUAUCCUUUGGUUUUUAAAGAUAUUGGGUAAAUAAUUGUUAUUACUUUUAUUUCAUUUAAUUUAAUUUUGCUUCCUAAGCUUCCUAGGUAUAUACUCAAAAUGACACGGAAACAAAGAAAGAAUCGUAAGAAAUUGGAAAAGGGUUUUCGAAAUAUAGAAAGUAUGUUGGAAGGUAGUUCAAAACAUAAGCCUGCAGAGCACGAGAUAAGGAACAACGAUCAUUCUCAAACUAAUUCAGGAUCGCCGGACGUAUAUGAGAGAAAACAAAAGCGAAAAUCUUCAAAAAAGAAACAAAAGAUUUAUGGAGCGGAACCUUUAAUUCAACAAAAGCUACCUGAGGCAUAUGCAAAGCAACAUACGGAAAAAUCAAAGCUUAAGAGUCGCGAAGACAAUACCAAAAUAGAGGAGGUUAUUCACCCAGCUCCAAGCUUUCAAAAUGACUCUAGUACAAAUGAAAUUAGGCAGAAGGACCUUCUCUCCUAUGAUGAGAACGACGCACAGGACAUGAUUAAAUCUAAGGUGACUGUGGAUGUUCAGUAUAGUCAAAAGAAUGCAGAGCACUUACGAGAUACUUCACUAGACAAGAAAAAUCAAAUCAUAGAAAGUUCUCCUACGAAAGAUAUGAAUAACCCGACACUGAGGUCAGACGAAAUAGGGGAGCAUUAUUCUGAUUCUGAUCAUUCAGAUUCAGAGUUUAUAUCUCCAUUCAAAAGCAGAAAAUCCCCUCGUAAGGUAUUUCUAUCAGAUUCUGAAUUUGAAGACUCCAACGAAAGCUUAUCCAAUGUUCCUCUGUCAAAGGUUGAAUCAGACUUCGUAGCGAGAAACCCCAAAAGGAGAAAACAUCUUCCGUACUCUUCUGAAGAUGAAGCACCAGAACGACCUUCCGAUGGUAAAUACGCGAAUGCAAAUGAAAACAAAAGAGAUGACUUUGAUACCGAAGUAAAGCAAGAGGCAGAGGAUUUGGAAUCUCUGUGUUCCGAUGAAGAUGAAAAACAUAAACGUAAUAGGAAUCCAAAUAAGAAGGCCUUUCAUGAGAAAUUGGAGCUAAUUAGAAAAAAACGUCAAGGAAAUACAAGUACAAAUGCUGAAGAAAACGCGUCAGACUCGGCGAGUGAGAAGACAGAGACUAGCGACGAUGACUCUUCAAAUGAAGAAUCCUUCAUAGUAGACGAAGAGGAAGAAGAGGAAGUUAUGGGUGCUCGUGCAUUACUUCCUCCAGAGUUUUCAAUGACAAGUCAUCAAGGUCUGCGAGCGCAUUUUGCAAAUUUCCUUCGGUACCAUAUCAAGCAGCUAAUGAACCUUCAAACGGAAAUUAAUAUUGAUGAUCAUCUCCUUUUCAGCUGUAAAACAAUUCGAAGACGUCUUUUUUCUUCAGUGGAGUCCAAUGUAAUCUCGAGUAUUUGGAAACCAAGUUUUAUCAGUAUCUUAAAGAACCGCCCAUCGAUGACGAAUAGACGAUGCGAGGCUACAUAUGGGUGUGAUGCUUGUAAUAUACAUUCACGGUUAUCAACGCAAUUGGUGCGCUUUAAAGGCCAUUUAUACGAUCGUGAUACUUACAAGACUUUAGAAAAUGACCCAGAAUAUCAUGAAGAAUCUAAAAAGGACUGGCUUUUGGGAAGUAGUUGCUAUGAGAGAGCACGGCUUGCACAUAAAAUAUUUCAUUGGGAAUACGACGUAAACAAGGAAAUCACGACUCAACUCUCUCUUGCUGGCUAUUUUGAAGCCCCGGUGCAGUUUUUAGAUCAAAUGUACCACGCUUUAGAAGAAAACAAUUAUCCGGAGUCUUCUUGGCAAGAAUAUUGUAAAUUACUGAAAUUCGCUAGCCCAUCAUCAUUGAGUAGCUGGCCUUCAGGUUAUCGAAACCGUGGAUAAUCUACUUUUUUAAUAACUUAUGUGUAAACUACUAAAAUAUGCAGUUAAAAAAAGGUUUUAAAUUUAUAUAGAGACAGGAAUAGGAAUAGGAAUGAAAACAAAAUAUAUAUAUGUACCUUACAAC